CACGCCCACGGUGACGUCGGCGGUGACUUCAGAUCAUGCCUUGGCCAAUAGGAACCACGAAAACUUCCGUAAGCUUGGAGGUGGAUAAAUCCGAGAGGCCGUGGUGGAGGAUCUGAUCCGCGACUUCAGCGCGCUGCACUUCUCUUGUUUGUUUUUGUGCCGUUGUAGUGUUUAUUUUCCCCACGCGUACUUAAUGAAGGAUGAGAAACCCACUUCCCUGAAGGAUUUUUUCCCCCUCUUCCUUCUCCAGUGCACGAGUUGUGAGUACUAAAGAAGGCGCUAAACUCGGACGAGGUCAGUUCGGCGGAGAGGAGGAGGAGGAGGAGGAGAGGACUGAGCCAGCGAGUCGGUACUGCUUCCACUGGGACGGACGGCGUUCUGGAGUGCGGACUUUCUAAAGUGUGUGACCAUGGACCACGGACGUGUUUUAUAGAGUCGAAAAUACGCUGAACAAAGAUUCACUUCUCAAAACUCCAGGCGGAGUUAAAGUACUUCUCGGGAAGCGCGACAUGGUUUGAAAGCCAAAACGGAGCAGCGACUCUGAAUCCCCCCUCCCGACAUGGACGCAUGAUUGGACAGCUCUCGCCUUGACGCCAAUGGCGAGGAUCGCGCGGUCAGCCCGGGUGCCCGGCUCGUCCCCGUGGCCGCUCGCCUGCGCGCUCCUGUUUCUCGGCACUUGCGUGUGCGCGGGCCCGUCGUCCGGUCGCGCGCGAGGCCGUCUCGUGUGCUGGCAGGCGAUCAUGAACUGUCAGACAGAGCCCGAGUGCCACUACGCGUACGGCCAGUACGUGCGCGCGUGCGAGCCGGUGCUGAACGGCCGGCGCCGCUCGUGCCCGAGCCACUGCAUCGCGUCGCUUGUGCAACUUAACCAGACUAAAAGCGGCCCCGCGCUGGAGGACUGCAGCUGCGCGGACGACCAUGUGUGCCGCGAUACCAAGCGCGCCAUCGAGCCGUGCCUGCCCCGGACCAGCAGCAUGGGCUGCACGGAGGCGCGGCGGCAGUGUGAACGCGACGGACCGUGCCGCACCGCCAUGAGUGACUACCUGCAGCACUGCGGUAAGCUGUUUAGCGGCGCCACGUGCACGAGCGCGUGCCGCGGCGUCAUCGCGCAUAUGCGCCGUCUGCCCAAGGCGCAGCUGCUCGACACGUGCGUGUGCGACGGCGCCGAGCGCACCAUUUGCGAAUACGUCAAAGUGAGCAUGCACACGCUGUGCUUCGGCAGGCCGCCUGUGGUCGAUGAUGAAGGAUCCGGCGGCUAUAUCGACGAGUACGACGAUGAUGAGGAUGAUGGAGAGGACGGGCCGGAAGACAGCCCUAUGAGCUCGGGGACGCGCUUGCGGUACUUACGCGCUCUUGUCGUGCUUGCAUCCGUCUUGGCAUUGUUACGGUUUUGAUUAAAAUGCCCCACGUGUUGCUCGAUCAAUGCAUUAGACGUUUCCUCACAACACAAGUUUCCUCCUUUCUGAAUAAUAAGAGGAAGAGCCUUUCUUCAUUUCCAAGACCUUAUACGGCAUUGCAUUCACCUUUGAUUAUCUAUGCAAAUGCACUGUUCAUGAACUAAAAUGGACAUCAGGAGCUAUGACAGUUACACUAUUUAUUUCUGCGCAAGAUACUCUACCUGGAUGUGAAAGGACAGCCUUCCCCAAAUAAAUAAGCUCAGUCUGACACUACUGCCUUAAACAAGACUGCCCACAGAGAAAUGCAACUCUGACAUGGUCAAGCAACACUUGUUGACAGAAAAGAGCAAUAUUGUAUCUACACCACGAAAACAUUUUUUUUUUUUUGUGAAAUAGACUUUUUAACAAUGCAAAGAUUAAAGCCGAUAGCUUAGCACUGCCAUUAUAAAACUGCACAGCAAAAUCUCUUAAAGGAAAUUAAUUCAUACCAGCUGGACUUUUAUUGACACUGCAGGUGUUGAUUCUGCGCAGUGGAUGUUAGUUAAACAUCAGGGAUUUUGCUGCGUAGAUAUGUGAACUCUUUUAUAUAAAGUUGUGAUCGACUGCGAGGAUGAAUAACAUUUCUAUUAGGAAUGGGUUUGGAAAGUAUUUGCCAUGCUGGACUAAAUCACAAGGUGAUCGAGUGCUAGAGCGUUUGCUCAAACGGACUGAACAUAAGCAUUUUGGCAGACUACAUGUGCAUCAUAGGAUAGGAAGCAAUAUUUUGUAUCAUAAGAUGUCUAUAAAAAAACGAAGCGCGACUCCAGCUUUAAAGGAAAGCCGGUUAUUUUUGUUGUACCGGAUUUCCAUUUAAAAUAAUAAUAAAAAAAGAAUGUACAGUGUAAAUAGAUUUUCAGAGAAAUUUUAAUUGUGAUAUCUAAGAUGAAAUAUGAACUAGAAAAAUGUCUAAAUCCACUGUAUGACUGCCUCAGUGAUGUACUUUUUAUAGAAGGCAUAAAAACAAAAGUACAAAAACCAAAAAACGAGUGUGUGUAAUCUGUUUUCCGGCUUUAUAGUCUAAUUAAAUGCUGUUCGUUGUUGUUACA